CUCACUGAUCCACCCCAUCACCCGCACCAAACCAGUCGAUCAAUCGCAGCCACCAGGGAGGUGUGUGUGUCUCUCUCUCUCUCUUUCUCUCUCUCUCAGCGUUCCUCAGAGAUCUAAAAGGUCCAGCUCAAAAUGUCUGACACCGAGGAAACGGAACAAUAUGAAGAACAGGAGGAAUAUGAAGGAACAGCUGUCGAAGAGGUUGAGGAAGAAGGAGAAGUUGAACAGGAAGAAGGUUACGGAGAUGAAGAUGGAGACGAGGAGGAAAAGCCCAAAACAAAAAUUUCGGCCCCUAAAAUCCCAGAAGGAGAAAAGGUUGACUUUGAUGACAUCCAGAAAAAACGUCAGAACAAAGAUCUCAAUGAGCUGCAGUACUUGAUUGACAUUCACUUUGAGAAGAGGAAGAAGGAGGAGGAAGAACUGAUUGCUCUGAAAGACAGGAUUGAGAAACGCAGAGCGGAGAGGUCAGAGCAGCAGAGGAUUCGCGCUGAGGAGGAAAAGGAACGACAAAACAGGAUUGCUGAGGAUAAAGCCAGAAGAGAGGAAGGUGAUGCUAGGAAGAGAGCUGAGGGAGAUGCCAUGAAGAAGAAGGCCUUAACCAACAUCGGAGCUCAGUAUGGCAGCUACCUUGCCAAGGCUGACCAGAAGAGAGGCAAGAAGCAGACAGAAAGGGAAAAGAAGAAGAAAAUCCUGGCAGAGAGACGCAAGCCACUUAACAUUGACCAUCUCAACGAGGAGAAGCUUAAGGACAGAGCCAAUGAAAUGUUCCAGUGGUUGUGUGGGUUGGAAUCAGACAAAUUUGACUUUGCUGAAAAGCUGAAGAGACAAAAGUAUGAGAUUACUACAGCCAGAAAUCGCAUUGAUCAACUUCAAAAGCACAGCAAGAAGGGAGCCGGCAAGGGCAAAGUUGGAGGCCGCUGGAAGUAAGCAGUGGAAGAGGGUGAUGCCUGCUGCAGCAUGACCCCCCCCCCAAUUGUGUGGCUCCAUGGCUUGGAUUCUCGCUGGUUGGGGCUUCAUCAGCAGCCAAAGCAAUCUACAGCACCAUUAUGUCCAAGGCUUAGAAACCAUCCACUACUCUAUCUUAUUUCAUGGUAGACAUUGGACCUUAUUGGCAGUUAACUUAACCCUUUAUUUACCACGAUCCUGCAGUGCCCCUCUUCUCCUAUAACAACAGUUUUAUCCUUGAUCAUUCUCGUUUUUGUAAAUAAAGUGUGGCAUGUAAUUUA